AUGGCGACCAAUCGACAUUCUAAUAAUUGGAACCAAGAAACUAAAAUUCGUCUUAACGAAAAGGUCACAUCAAAUAUAAAUGAUAUUGGUUCACUAGCCAGACAAGUCAUUAGAGGAUCUAAAUCAAAUGAGUUUUUAGCCCAAGCAGCUAAGAACUUUGCAUCACAAGAAAACUGUAUCCAGAAUUCUUAUGAAACAAUGAGAAAAAUGGAUCUUCUUCGAUCACAACUGGAAUUCCAAUAUUCAGCAAUAGAAAGAAGCUUGCUGUCCCUGGAUGAAGUACAAGAUCAGAUUGCGUCUAUAAGUCAUUGA